AUGUUCAUUACCUGCAGCUAUGAUUACCUGGAAAUCAUUGAGGCUGGAGUGGAGAACGGCAGCGAGCACGCCCAAGACUGGUUACUGCAGGAACAUCAUGACUCUUAUUCAGCAGACACCGAGAUAUGGGAGGAAACCGAAACCCAACUUCCUGAAUCUGAUGCCAUCAGCUCGGGCUGGCUCCGUGAUGUUCACGCGACGCGUGCAAGACGCCUCUGCGGGGAUUGGAGCGAUAAGUUGAAACUUCUACGAUACCAGUCCAGAGGAAAUGUUCUGAGAUUACGUUUUAGAGCAGACCACUCAAGACACUACGCAGGAUUUAGAGCGAAGAUCACUGUAACAGAUUAUUUCUAUAAACGCGAUAUUAUUGAGCACAAACGAUAUGUCAUUUGUAUACCAAAGAGAAAAGUAAAACCACCAGUGUCAAAAAGAAAGAAAAAACCACCAGUGUCAAAAAGAAAGAAAAAACCACCAGUGUCAAAAAGAAAGAAAAAACCACCAGUGUCAAAAAGAAAGAAAAAACCACCAGUGUCAAAAAGAAAGAAAAAACCACCAGUGUCAAAAAGAAAGAAAAUACCACCAGUGUCAAAAAGAAAGAAAAAACCACCAGUGUCAAAAAGAAAGAAAAAACCACCAGUGUCAAAAAGAAAGAAAAAACCACCAGUGUCAAAAAGAAAGAAAAAACCACCAGUGUCAAAAAGAAAGAAAAAACCACCAGUGUCAAAAAGAAAGAAAAAACCACCAGUGUCAAAAAGAAAGAAAAUACCACCAGUGUCAAAAAGAAAGAAAAAACCACCAGUGUCAAAAAGCGAAAGAAAAUGCAUACAUUUGUAUAGACACUCUUCAACAAAAUGUUUACAAAGACAUCUACGAUCUUAUUGA